AGACACAUGGGCUGGGAUGAGAACCGGAGCAAAUGAUGCGGCAGGGGAUUGUUACAACACCGGCUACAACAUGAGGGGAUCCGUCCACAGAUCAGAAAGGGAAGGAGGCAAACAGAGAUGUGAAAGCUGACAGAAAUCAGGUAGAGAGCAGAUUCUCGCUGGAGGAACAAUUUGGCAGUGGGACGAGGGAAACAGUGAGGGGAAACAGCCAUCGUGUAUGGUGGACUGACUGAGUUGCUGUACAUGUUUCACUUUACUGUAGUGGGUGCGUGAUCGAAUGCACUCAUGCAAAAGGGAUAACUUGCGGGGGGAGGCAGCGGCUGCAUCAGUGGGAGUGUGUGUGCCACAUUCUUCAUCUCAUCGGCUCGGGUAAAUCUCCUCCUUCAUUUGCAGACUGAAUCUCUGGAGUGUUGGAAAGCCUCAAAACUAAAGGCAUUAAACAGGGCAAGACCUGGGACUAAAGCUCGAUCCGGAGGAGAGGCCUGUCCUGAGCGGAGAGAAAAAUAAUCAGAAAGGAAGAAGGAACAGGAACUUGGACUCACAGCUCACCUAUACCUCACUCUUCUUCGCAAGCCUCCAGUCUUUUGGUUUUAUGACGGAAAGUGUGUCCCCCUGCAGUAGAUCAGUAAGAAGUGCUCUUCAAUAUGAAUACAGAUAGCGGAGGAUGUGUUCGCAAAAGUGUGGCCUUGUCACUCAAACUCUCUCCCAUGAAGAGGGUCCAGAGCUCACCAAAUCUAGCCACAGGGAGUGAUUCUCACUCAUCAGACUUGGAUUCUUGGCGGUCACGCAGUGCAACAGACGGCCUUAAGAAUGGAGAUGCCAGCAGCUCAUCUCUUGCUGCCAAAGGCUUCCGCAGUGUCAGACCCAACCUUCAGGAGAAAAAGUCACCCACCCAGGGGCCUUCCUCCCCUGACCCCACAGCACGGCACUCCCCCUAUCGCUGCCACAGCUCAGAAUCACUCGACUACCUGUCUGGCCUAAUGCCCAAGGCCCUAUCGCCCGCCCCGUACGUUCCUACCGGAGCUGGCGUCACAGCUGGUGCGGUCAGCGGGCCGAGCCUUACCGCAGUCGGCAGCGUGAGCAUCGGUGGCUGCGCGUCACCCUCGGCCUCCCCCGUGACCGUGUCGGCUCUCAGCCACUACUCGUCAUCCACGGCGGGUCUGCUGGACGAACUGCAGAUCUGUAGCCUGGACUCGCCUGGCGCCUCACCCACGCCAUCGCCCACUCUCAGCCAUGUCUCUGCCUACACAUCCACUGCUGGCCCUGAUGAUGUGCUAACAACUUCUGUGGCCUCCACUGCUGCAGCAGCCACUGUCACUAACGGCCAGGUCCUCUCUCACGCUAUGAAUGGAAGUGCUAGCCAUCCACAGAGGCCCCUGUCCCCUCCAUCCUAUCCUCCACCCCCGGCCUCACUCCACACUGGGCUCCAGAGACAGAGCAGGAGUUCAGAGGGCAGUGAAGCAGUCACCAGAGAGUCUGUGGUGUCCGGCCACACCAGUGUUAGCAGCACUGUGCCCAUUGCCCGCUUCUCAGAAGAGGAAAAGAAGGUUUCUGUCAUUAAAGCCCCCCAUUAUGAAGGCAUUGGCCCUGUGGACGAGUCAGGCAUCCCUAUUGCCAUCCGCACGACGGUGGAUCGGCCUAAGGACUGGUACAAAACUAUGUUUAAGCAGAUUCACAAAGUUCACAAAGCAGAUGAUGACUACUCUGACACAUACAGUGCAGCAUAUGCCGUGAUCAACAACGAUGACUACAGCCUGUCCUCCGGCACCACCAUGGCCCACCCAGCUCCUCGGACACACACCUACAGGCCUCUGUCUAAGAGCCCCUCGGACAACGGAGGGCAUCUGGGGUCUCAGGAGCCUUCGCCGUCCCCUGUACCCCCACCACCUCCACCCAUGCCAUCCCUCCUCCAGCUGAGGGCCAAUGAGAAGGAUUCAACAGACAUGAAUGAAUGGGGUCCUCCUGACAGGAAAGUGGAUACGCGGAAGUAUCGCGCAGAGCCCAAGAGUAUUUUUGAGUAUGAGCCUGGGAAGUCCUCCAUUUUGGAGCAGGAAAGACCAACCUAUGAUGACAUAGAUUUAGAGAACGAGCCUUGGUAUAAGUUCUUUUCCGAGCUGGAGUUUGGGCGGCCGCCUCCUAAAAAACGGCUGGAUUAUAAUCCAGACAUCUCCGCUCGCCAGCGUAUUGAGACAUCUCUGCACAUCGCUCCUGCUGACAAGCCUCCGGAGAGACCUGCAAGUUCUGCCAGCGACUACAGGAAGAGAAGGAAGUCUGAGCCAUCAAGUUCCCAAGUGAAUGCCCAGUCUCAGAGCAGAGCUGCUACUUCCCCUAAACCAGUGGAUGCCUACAGACCUAGCAGCAGCUUAAGGAAACCUGUCAUUCGUUCCUCACCAUCCUCACCCUCAAGAGCCAAAGGUGGGGACGCAUGCAACAUGUAUUCAAACAGUUUGACCUCCUCAGGUCCUUAUCAGCAGCCCUUACUGCCCCCUGUCCCUCCUAACCCUGUCCGUUGCCACGAGGACGCCAACCAGGAUGGCAGCUCUUCCUCAAAACAGUCUGAGUGUUUUAAGAACAGCUGGCAGGUAAAACAUCGCGAUGCUGAGACAUGGAGCAGUGCAGAGGAGGUGCCACCCUCCCCUGGCAAGAUGAAGUCACGGAGUUGUGACGACUUACUCAAUGAUGGACAUUCUGGCUCAGGUGGGCGCAAUGCGACCCGCUCAGAAAGCGCUGGGUCGUUGGUGUGUGACGGGAUUCCCUCGACAGCCUCAGCCUCCACUCGUUCACUGCCUCGGCUCCACCGUCGACGGGCUCAUGAUUCGCCAGGCUUUCUCCAGCUCUAUCGUAAAAUGCAUCAGAUUGAUCGAGCUCACCUCAUCCCAUCAGAAGUUAUCCGCUCGGUCCGUGCUCGCAUCCUGGAGCUAGAACGCCAACCUCACCUGCAUCGGCAUCGCCUCUCUCCUUGGACACCCUCUUGGGGUGUGGAAGUGCCACGCGAUAUGGUGCCAAAUCGCAUUUCUGAAUAUGAACGUCUUAUUCAGAAGUCCAAAUCAAUGCCAAACUUGGGUGAUAGUGAGGUGCCUUCAGGCACCACCACACCAGGUGGCUCGUCAUCUCGAGCUAGCAGUGGUGGUGGUGGCACACCCAGUUUUCCAAAACGUCGUUUUUCCAUAGAAUCUUUACUAGAGGAAGACAACAAUGGCAACAGUGGAACCGCAUCUCAUAGCAUGGAUCACUUGCAUCGGCCUCGCAGCCCACCAGAGGGCCAGCCUCGUGUCGGGCCAGAACCUGGCCGUGGCCGCUCCUUUCCUGCUCCUCCGGUUCCCCGAGGCCCACAAGCCAACCCCGACUAUUCAGACAGUGAACAAGACGCUGUUGCCUCUGACCUCAGUGAUUUCAUCCAGGUAGAGGGCUCCUCAUUUUGCAGUGAGAGUGACUUUGACCAUUGCUCACUAACCUCCUCUGAGAGUCUGUACGGGUCUUCCACCCUUCAUCAUCACCACCUCCGUCAUCACCACCAUCAUCACCACCAUCAUUCUGGUCACCAAAGUCUAAGCCAGACCCAGGGCUACCAACACCGCCACCUCAUCAGCACCUGCAAAGGCCGCUGCCCAGCCUCAUACACCCGUUUCACCACCAUGCUUCGCCAUGAGAGAGAACGAGCGCGGCAGGAGCACCAGAGACCUUCACAGCAGAGCCGCAGCAGCCAUUCCCAAAUCCAGAGCUCACAGUCACAGCAAGCGAUGUCCAAGCUGGCCUUCCUGGUCAGCCCAGUGCCUUUCCGCAGGAAAAAGGGCUCACCACCUACCUCUAGAAGAAGCAGUGGCGGCGGAGGUCGAGGUAGCAGACCCAAGUCCAAGCAGGCCAUUUAUGAAGCACUCGAUGCAGCCUUGAGAGACAUAUAUGAGCACAUUCAAGCAGACAGAGGCCACAGAAACACUAGGGCACCGGAUGAUAGCAUCCUGAGGAGAAUCCUGGCUGAACUGCUGCCAAAUGUGCCUGAACGAAGCUCCUCGUUGCGGGGGCGGAGGGGGUGUUGGCACGGGGGUCACUCAUCUGCAUCUUUGUACCCAGAUGGGAGCCCCACUGGGUACGCCUCAUAUAGAGGGGAGCCCUCCACACCGCGGCUACAGUCACCGAUCAGUGCCUGUUACGGACGACACUUGGAGACCUCAAACAAUAAUGAAUAUGACGAGGAGCAGGGCAAUGGAAACAGUCUCUGUUAUUCAGACCAGGAUGUCUCCAGGAGUUAUUCCACCAUGGAUGGACGCCACACACCUCAGAGUAGAAGACCUACUCCUGACAGAGAGGUCUCCCAUAAACAGAUGACACAACUUAUUCUGUUCUCUCUCCUCCAUCAGAAACAGCCUGCGAGAGCCAUUUAUGAUUUUAAGGCACAAACUGCUAAGGAGCUGACGUUUAAAAAGGGUGAUGCAGUGAACAUCAUCAGGCAGAUAGAUACCAACUGGUAUGAAGGAGAGCACCGAGGACGGGUGGGAAUUUUCCCCAUAUCAUACGUAGAGAAGAUGCCGUCCACAGAGAAACAGCAGCCCGUCCGUCCUCCUCCCCCAGCACAUGUCAGAGAGAUUGGAGAAGCAGUGGCACGCUACAACUUCAACGCUGAUACUAAUGUGGAGCUAUCACUAAGAAAGGGUGAGAGAGUGAUUGUGAUCAGGCAGGUGGAUCAGAACUGGUACGAGGGGAAGAUCCCAGACACAACCAAACAGGGCAUCUUUCCUGUGUCCUACGUCGACAUUGUCAAACGCUCCCCGUCCAAGAGCUCCACCCACCACAUCGAUCCGCACGGUUACCCCGGCAACAGGACACCAAGCUCCACACCCAUCAAGCGAUUAGUACAAGAUGCACUCCAUGGUGGAGGAGACCCGUACCAGGCCUUGUACAACUACGUGCCUCGCAACGAGGAUGAGCUGGAGCUGAGAGAAGGAGACAUCGUUGACGUGAUGGAGAAGUGCGACGAUGGCUGGUUUGUUGGGACCUCUCGAAGGAGCAAGCUGUUUGGAACCUUCCCAGGAAACUACGUGAAGCAGCUAUAAUGAUGAUUCCAGACUUCCCCCACCUGAACCCGUCCGUCCCUUUUCUGCGACACGUUCAUCCCUCAGCACAGCAGCCGCAGGACGUCACCAGAGACCUGCCGCAUGUUUCUGUGUUUUCCGUGUACGGCUCGUCGGCUUCACACAGACAGAACACUUUUAGCUCUAACUAGCCAUCUUUAACGGAAGACUUCUACAAACUAAUAUUGUUUUUUAUUCUUAUCUUUUUACCCUUAUUUUUCUAUCAUGGAGAACCCAAAACGUCCAGUCAGUGACCUUUAGCUUUUGACAGCGAUGGAAGGAUGGCGAAGGACCGCAGUGAUGCUUUCCCCAUUUCAGCAGUUUGAGGCCAGUAAGAUCACCAAGAUCACAGUUUAUUUUUGAUCAUUUUUUUUCUGCAGUGUCUCCAGUUUUAGAACACUUGUUACAGUUUGUUUCAGUACAUCCCAAAAGAGUGUUGCAUAAACGGUAUUUCAUCAUCACGUCUGUUCUGUCGACUGUUUUGGGAGACGAUCGGCCGACACGCUGCGUCGUCAUCGUCAGGUAAACGGACGUUACUUCACCAGUUACAAGUGGAACAGGCUGCGCAUGUGUCAGUGGAAGCAACAAAUUUGGGGACGUUAUCGAUCAUAAUCAGCAAUCAUUUCAAGCAUUUCUCCUCUGUCACUGACGCUGCUGUACUUGUUUUCUAAACAUGUAGUCGAAGGUUAGAAACAAUAUUUUCAAUGUUGAGUCAUUUUCACAUUAGGACUGAUGCACUUUAAUGAAACCCGCAUUUGUGUUAUUUCAAAUUUCACUUAACACACUAGAGGUUACACUCACUGUGGGGCUUCAGGGGAUGUAGUCCUGUGUGUAGACAGGUUACUGACCUUUUAGGUAUUAUAUUUAUUAGAGGAUGAAUCCCACUGUGUUAAGAGGAUUUUAGAAAGGACAGAACACCACAUUGCUUUUUUUUUUUAUUUUAACAGCACCUAACCUACAUUUCAAGGAUUGUUAUUUUAUUAUCAAGUGUCUUUGUCCAGAUAGGUUCUGAGUGUGACAGAUAACUGACGGGCUGCCCUGUUUGAUGUUGAAUCUAUUUAAGUCGGACACAGGGAAAGGUGCCGUGUUAUGAGAAAGCUUCAGUCGUCUAACUGCAGUUUUUCCACUGAACGGGCGGAAUCUUUUAAGUGGAUAGUGUAUCACUGUUCAUGUGUGUGUGCUGUUUGGAAUCAUCAGCGGUUUCCACUUUAGCUCGUCAUGCUCAGUAAAUACAAUCUGUGUGUUUUUUUGUUGUUGUUUUUCAUUUUGUGUCUCACAGAGGAUGGACAACAAGAACAUUGUAAAAGCACCUUAAGAUAUUUUAUCAUUCAUUGUCCUUCACGUCACUCCCUGUCAUUCACUAUUUCAGCUGGUGUGAGAACACGUGUGAAUGUGUGUGUGUGAGUGUGUGCGUCGUGUUUUUGUAAGCCUUUUGUAUGAGAGCUGUAAAAUGGCCAACAUCCACUUGCUUUAUAAAGUCAGCUUUUUCUCACCCACCAUCACAUUUGGUUUCCUCUCUUUUCUUCACAUUUCCUUCCAUCGGCGGUGCUAAUUCCCACUUUUCUGAGAGCUGUCGUCGUAGCCGGGCUUGUAGGACUUUUCCUUUUCUCCGCUCCAGUUAUUUGUAAGAGUCGGUGAGGUAUUUAAACUGAAGUUUCUGUAGGUAGAUCGAACAGAGUUGGUGAACGCUGCCUUACAUCCAACUCGAUAAGUUUAAUAGCCAUGUAUAUGUAAACCUCUUCUGUGAUGCAAAAAAUAAUAAUUUAUGCAUAUGUAGUCUAGAAAACACCAAGAAAGUGUGUGAAAGUGUGCAGAGAACAUAAUCACAAUCUUCAACAAACACAAGGCCUCUUUGUCUGAGACGUAGAUUUGGACGUAGACAUGAAUUUGACUCCUGUGUUUAUACCUGUAAUGAAAAUGUAAAUCUUAUGUUAUUCAUGUUAAUAUCAGACUCAGUGCACACUCUUGGACCUUAGUAUUUCUACAAUAUCUUAGCAUUUGUUGGAUGAUUUUAUGAGGCUGUGUUGCUAAUAAAAUCCAGCUGGUAGAUCA